AUGUAAAAUUAUCAAAUCUCAGUUUAAAUAUCAUCAAAUUUAGUUAAUUAAUUUAGUAAAGAAGCAUCUGGAAUGAUAAAGGAUCUUAAUCCAAGUUGUGAAUAUAAACACAGUAAGUCAUUCUUCUAGAUCUCCUACUCAACAAUGCAAUGGUCCAAGUCCACAAUUCCUAUAUCAAUAGCAAACCAGACAAUUUCUGAUGAAGUUAAAUUUGUAAAUCAGUAAGCAGUAGUAAAGUCUAAAACAUUAUCCAGUGUCGCCAACUAUUUAUUUUACCAGACAAAAAAAGGUAGAACUAAAUGGAUUGACAUUGAGAACGCUAUAAUAGAACUUUUUUAUCACCCAAAAUUUGGUUCAGCCUUGAGACUCAUAAAAUGUUUCGAUGUUAUUGAAAUAUUUUGCGAUGCUAAAUCAUGGCUUGGGUAUCUUAAAAGCUAUACAAUACAAUGUGAUUUCGACGCUACAUAUUAUAUGAAAAAGAUAAUUGGGAAAGGUUAAUCGUCAUAAGUUUUUAAAGCCGUAAACAAAUAUGAUGGAAAUGAAUAUGCAGUAAAAAUAUAUCAAAAAAAAUCUUUCAUAGACGAGGCUUAUAGAGUUGCAUUAAUAAAACGAACUUCUAUUCACAGAAGAGUUUAAUCUGAAUUUGCCAUCAAAUUUUAUGAGAUCUUUGAAAACAGUGAACAAGUCUUUAUCAUUCUUGAAUUAAUUAAGAGUUGUAAUUUAAUGGACUUCAUUGCCAAAGAAAUCUGUUUCCCAGAAGAUAGAGCUGCAAAAAUCAUUUUUAGAUUAGUCAAAACAAUAUGUUAUUUGCAUUCAAAGAACAUAAUUUAUAGGGACUUAAAACCUGAUAAUAUUGUUUUUAGAAUUGAUGAUAACAUUGAGACACUCUGUCUAAGAAAAUUCUCAUAGGCUGAUUUCUAUGAUUCAGAAUCGAAUUAUGAUUAAAUACGUAGUGAUACGCCUGGUUUUAUUGCACCAGAAAUCUUGCAUCAUCAAAAUUAUGAUUUAAAAGUUGAUGUAUUCAGCAUUGGAGUUAUACUUUAUAUUUUAACGACUGGAACUCUACCUUUUGAAGGAAACACUGAUACAAGAUUGUAGUAAAAUGCUGAGGGCGAAGUUGAUCUCAGUUCCUUAAACCUGAGUCCACUUGGUCUCGAUUUUAUUACUGGCACGUUUUAACCUAAUCCUGAAGAACGAUUGACCUCUCAUCAGUGUCUAAAUCAUUAAUGGUUUGUUUAGGAACAAUUAGCUAAAUUAAUGUAGCUGUAAAUGAAAAGACCAACUAUUUUUUCAAACCGACAUUUUAAUAGAAGAAUUAAACAGUCUAAGACCUUGACCUUUAGUCCUUCCUCUCCUAGAAGUCAAGUUUCUAUUUAGAGUCCUAGAGAUCAAAAUUUGCAAUAAAAUUAAGAUUUUCCUUUAAAAAUCCCUUAGUAUCACACUGAAAAAUUAAUUGGACCUUCUUACAGUUCCAAGAAUAUAAAUCAAUAUGAGAAAUUCUAGACAUAGUCUCCUGAUGAUGAUAAAAACUAAGAUGAUGGUAGCUUAAAAGCAGCCUUUUAAAGGUAAAUGCGAUCAUCAAGAAAAAAGACUGAAACUUUUGUGAUCAAAUCAAAUUCAACAGUGAAACAAUUCAACGCUACUAAAUCAAAGUUUAAAUGA